AGGGUGUCGCCCCAAUCGACUGCUGAUACGUAGCGCUGGCCGUGGUCCGAGUUUUCAGUACUGCAAUUCCUCGGUUGCUUCGUUUUGCUGGUCUCUUCCCAAAUUUUUGUCUUUUGCUCCCUCGGCUCCUCGUCACCCCGACAGUUGAACACAACCACAAACAACAAAGUCCCAUCUACCAACCUAUAAGUAACCUCCACACUACUAGCUAGUAGUAGGAGUAUCGAUGCUACGUACGAACCUCCAGAGACAACAGCCAAGCCAUCAUCAGUCCACUCAUGGCAGGCAAUGAAGAAUCAAGCGACGAAGACGAGAUUUCGAGAAUCCGCCUUCCUCGUGCAAAUGAUGUCCUCUGUGGAAGAGGAGGUCACGGCACGUCCCAUCCGGGCAAUCUCGGUUUUCGUAUGCUCGUAGAAAAAUACAAACCCAAGUUUCAGUCAGCUCCCCGUUCUGAAAAGUCCAAGAUAGCCACAGCGGUAGUCAUGGCAUGGCGGAAACAGAAUCCUCCAGGUCGUUUCUUGUCUCUCUCAAGCGAAUCCAGAGGCGGUUACAAUCUUUGGCAUGACAUUGGUGACAAGCUUGCCACUAGAAAGGCCAACCAAGGGCUCAGAGAAAAGGGGCCCAAUCCUGGUCACCUUGGCAUAGCGCCUCCUCCCCCUCCUUCGGCCGCGGCUGCUCCAAGUUCUGACAUAUCCUCCGUGGCAG